CGGCUGGAUUUCCCCCUUCGAAAGCGAAAGUUGGCACCGGUUCGAGCCCCCGCGAGCGCAGAAGAGCUCAGUUCCUCCCUGGGAGACCGGAGGGCAGACUCAGACGCCAUGAUGCUGCCUGCCCCCCUGAAGCUGGCUGUCCCUCUCAUCCUGUGCGACAUGGUCCUCCUCCCCUCGCUAGAUCUCCAGCGCUCCGCCUUGGCCUCCCUGGGGGUCCCUGCGGCCUGGCUGGAGGCGGCUCUGCACCUGCUGGUUCUCUGUGGGGCUCGGGGGCUCCUCUCCCUGGCCUGGCCCUCCCAGGUGCCCCUCGCAGGCCUGGCUGCUGUGAGCUUGCUGCAGCCUCUCUAUCUCGCCGUGGGGCGCUGGUUUGGAGACUCUCCGUUCCUGCUGUCGUCAGCCCCUCGGUCCUGGCUCCUGCUGGGCUAUGGGGCAGUGGUUCUGGCCCACAUCAUCUGGGACGUCCUGGGACAAAGGGAGGAGGAGGAUAAGGAGAACAAGGGAGGAGAAGACAAGGCCACCCUCUGGAAGCUGGUGAAGCUCUUCCGCCCAGAUGUGUCCUACAUCGCAGGGGCGUUUUUCUUCCUUACCACGGCUGUGCUUUGUGAAACGUUCAUCCCUUACUACACGGGACGCUUGAUUGACAUCUUGGGCAAGAAGUAUGACUCGGAUGCCUUCUCGUCCGCCAUCUUCCUCAUGUGCCUGGUGUCGCUCGGAAGCUCGCUGUCUGCUGGCGCACGCGGGGGACUCUUCACGAUGUCCAUCUCCCGGGCCAUCAUCCGGAUCCGAAGCCGCCUCUUCUCUUCUCUCGUCCGGCAAGACCUGGCGUUCUUCCAGGAGGUGAAAACAGGAGACCUGACCUCCCGCCUCUCCAGAGACACCACCAUGAUGAGCCGCUGGGUGCCUCUCAACGCCAACAUCUUCCUCCGCAGCCUGUUCAAGGUCUGUGGGCUCUGCGCCUUCAUGCUUGGCCUCUCGUGGCGCCUGACCUUGCUCACCCUCGUUGAGGUGCCGGUCAUGCUGGCGGCCCAGAAGGUCUACGAUGCCCGCUAUAAGGUUCUUCUGCAGGCGAUCCAGGACUCCCUGGCGCGUUCUGGGGAGGUGGUGCGGGAGACAGUCUCCUCCGUUGAGACGGUGCGCAGUUUCGCCACUGAGGAGGAGGAGUCUGAGCGCUACGAUGCGGCCUUGGCCGAGACCCACCGGCUGAAGGACCGGAGAGAUUGGGAGAGGGCUGUCUACUUGCUCCUCAGACGGGUGAGUCCUUGGGGUCGUGAGUAG